AUGUCACAUUUUUUGCGAGAGGAAGAAUUAGAAGCAGAGUACGAAUCAUCAUGUUCUGAGACUGAAGAUAUAGAAAAUGUCAGUAUUCACGAUACUGAUUCUGAAGAAGAUGCGGAUCCUUUUGAUCAUCAAUCACAUGAGUUAUCUCCGCUUGUUCAACCACUAGGAGUGCGAACUUGGCGAGAUCUUCAAAUAUCCCAUGAUUAUUUAGAAGAUGUUCCAUUAUAG